UUUUUCUCUUUCAGUGAUUUCUUCAGUAGACGCGGUGCUAUCUAGAAGUGCGACGCUGCCCUGUGAUAUAGAGCCAGAUAUUCGAGAAGACAGGGUGUAUAUGGUGCUCUGGUACAGGGAUGGCCAUAGCAAACCAAUAUACAGCUUCGACGUGCGAGGUCGAGCCUUCAACAAGGCACUGCACUGGUCGGAUCCGAAAAUGUUCGGACCCCGUGCGUACUUCGUGACCGUGUCCAAACCGGCGGCCCUCACCCUGGACGGUGUCCAGUUAGAUGAUGAAGGCAUCUACAGGUGUCGGGUGGACUUCCGGACGACGCCCACCAGAAAUUUCGCCAUCAAUCUUACGGUGAUAGUUCCCCCACAUCAGCUUCUGCUAUACGACAAUUCAGGGAGGGAUGUUACUGGCAUUGUUGGACCUUUAGUGGAAAGUUCGGAUCUUAUCCUUACCUGUGAAGUUCGAGGGGGACGGCCCCCGCCGACGGUCUCCUGGUUCAUGAACGAGCGAAUGGUCGAGGGACAACUCGAAGCUAUCGGAAAUCACGUUAUGGUGAAUAGGCUGGAAGUAAAUGGCGUGACGAGAGACCACCUGAACUCCACUUUCAAGUGCCAGGCGAGCAACACCAAGCUGAUGAUGCCCUCGGAGAAGACUGUUCGACUGGAGUUGUUGUUACGACCACUCAGCGUGAUCAUUACCAGCAAGCCCAAGCAGCUGGUGGCGAACGAGGACAUUUCUGUUCAAUGCGAAGUGACAGGGUCACGACCGAAAGCCGUAAUAACUUGGACGAGAGAUAAUAGGCCCUUUAGAAGGGGGAAGGUCCUCGAGGAGGGCAACGACACUUCUGUAAUAAGCACGAUUACGUUUGUGCCGGUUCCGGAAGACGAUGGAAGUAUUUUUAAAUGUGUCGGUGAAAACCCCAAGCUGACCGGAGUAGGGUUAGAGGAUUCCUUCAAACUCAAUGUUGUUUAUCCACCGCAAGUGGCCCUGCAUUUGGGUAAUACCCUCAACCCGGAGGACAUAAAAGAAGGGGAUGACGUUUAUUUCGAGUGUAACAUCAAAGCCAACCCGAAACAGCACAAGAUUACGUGGUAUCACGACGGGGUGCUGGUAACUCAGAACAUGUCGUCCGGAAUCAUAAUCAGCGCCCAGAGCCUGGUCCUGCAGGGGGUGACUAGGUGGCAGAGUGGGGCUUACACUUGCCUGGCGGCCAACCCACGAGGGGAGACGAUGAGCACGCCAGUGGUGCUCAGGGUUAGGUAUGCCCCAGUAUGCAGUAAGGACAACGAAGUGACGGUGAUCGGAGCCUCUUUGGACGAAGCCCUGAAGGUGCGCUGCCAGGUGUCAGCCGAUCCCACGGAUGUGACUUUCCUAUGGCAGUUCAACAACAGCGGAGAGAGCUUCGAUGUGUCGCCGGCUCGGUUCGCCACCUCCAGCGGCAACGUCAGCGAGUUGAUGUACACACCCGCUUCGCAGAGGGACUACGGAACCCUGACCUGCUGGGGCAAGAACUCGAUAGGGAAGCAGACGGAGCCCUGCGUCUUCCAGGUAGUUCCUGCGGCCAAACCGAGUCCGCUGACCAACUGCACCCUGAGGACUGUCACGAAUCAGACGGAGGUCGUCGAAGUGGAGUGUCGCGCAGGCUACGAUGGCGGCCUGCCCCAGCACUUUAUCCUGGAGGCCUACGACGCUCACAGCAUGCGUCUUAGACUGAAUUUCAGCGUGUCAGAAACGGAGUCGCCGAUUUUCCGACUGGAUUUGGGGGAAUUAUUACCAUCUCCUCCAUCGCUGCGUAUCGUGGUGUACGCUCAGAACGCCAAAGGGCGUAGUGAGAAAUUAGUGCUCGAAGAUAUUAUGCUCAAUGACGCCGAAAAACGGACAGACGGAAGCAGCAACAUGAGCCUCGUCCCCUUGGCCGGCCUGCUCACGGGCUCUCUCCUGACCCUGGGCAUGGCCGUCCUCGUCAUAGUGGUCGUAGCAGUCAGAAGGAAACGCGAGUGCGACGGUCGAAUGCACUGUCCGCACCACAUUAACAUCGACGCCUCCAAGCAGAACUCCAAGUCCAGACAGGGCUCAAUGCUGGAAAUCAACACCGGCGACAACCGGUACGUGGUGGCUUACACCUUGAAGCCGGCGGCGGACUGUGCCCCCACCCUUCCGCCCCCUCCCGCCCUGAUCUCGUCUCCGGACCCCCGGAGGCAGCCGGAUAUACUCAACACGCCUCGAGGAGCUGAUACAACACCCCCCGGACUGUCGAGACCUGAAGACCUCUUCACGUCUCCAGUGGAGCUCAGUAAUCGGCACCAACUUAAUUGUGGUUCCCCGACUAUUUUCUCCACCUUGCCAUCGCCAUCGAACUGCGACAUGAGCAGUACCCUGGGCAGAUCCCGGCCAAGGCCAAGGGACGCGUCCUACUCCAACUUCGCCACCACAAGGAGGGAUCACAUCAUAGCAGACGCGAUUCCAGGACCAGAGAGCUGCGUUUAA